AUGGCGGAGAAGCCCUCCUUAACGGGAGAGGAGCUCAAAAACUUCAUAGACAGUCUGGAGGACGCCCAGCUUGCUGUCCCUGAUGAGCUGACACAGUAUGCCCUGCGCCGAACUGGUCAUGAAUGUGUCGACACUCGAACUGUCAGGCUGGUGUCCCUGGCGGCACAGAGGUUCAUCGCCUCCCUCCUGGACGAGGCCAUCAACGUGCACAAGCGACGGAAGCUGGCGCCGGCCUCGCAGCUGAAGGCAGAUGGGCACAAUGUGAGGGACAAGCGGGCGGUGCUGACAACGGAGGAGCUCGUGGAGGCCCUCAAGGAGUGCGGCGUGAAUGCCAAGGUGGCGCCCUACUACGCAGACCAGCCCAAGCCGGUGUCUGGGUCCGCGUGA